AUGGCAACUUUCAACACUAGCCGCUGGAAUGAAACCACAUCCCUCUAUCAAUAUCUUGGCUUUCAAGUGCAGAAAAUUUACCCUUUCCACGACAACUGGAACACUGCCUGUUUUAUCAUCCUGGUCAUAUUUAUAUUUACUGUAAUAUGUUUGGUGGUACUAGCUUUUUUAUAUGAGCUGCUCGACUGUUGCUGCUGCGUUAAAAACAAGACCAUGAAAGACUUAGAAAAUGAACCCAAUCCUGUUAGAUCUAUGAUGAACAGCUUCAGAAAGCAUGAAACGGAAGUGGUGUAG